AUGUCAACUACCAACGCGCAGAAGAAGGUGGUGUAUCUGAUUCAUCACAUAUUCCUGCCUCCUCAACUACCCCAGAAGUGUGACUUCAACUUGGAGUACGAGAAAUUCCUACUUGAUACCACCAUUGAUGCACUCAGGGCUUUCAAGUCUCACAUCAAUAACACCCAGUAUGGCCAGGGCGCCAUAGUCGAUUCUGUCGUUGAUAUGGUCACCAAUAUGAUGAAUGUGCACGAAUUCGACGGCACUAUUGGUGCCAUUAGUGAAGAGAAUCUUUUAAAUGCUCUGGCAGGUCUGUCCAAAACAGGUGGAACAAUCCCCCUUUACGUACGCGCCCAGAAUGCAGGGGUUAUGAUCAGCAGAGUGGAUGAUUCCAUUCACGUUGAAGCAUUCGAGCUGUCUCCUCUGAACGAGGCAGUCAUCACUACCAAGGGUAGACUCCGACGCUCUUUUCCAGGACCGGCCAAUUCUAUCAAUUUCGAGGUCUUUGGGGACCCUUCUUUUCAAGCUGCAAUGGCACAAACGCUCGCCAAGAUGAGCCAUCAAGCUGCUAUGAAAACUCAGCCCCAAGCGAGAAAGGCAGAGAGAAUGCACGAUGAGGAUCGAGACACAACCCAUCCAAAGAUGGUCACCGAGCUUUUUACGGCAUUUCUGGGAAGUGUUGGCGAACCUGUGAAUGUCUCUCGCGUCUGGAAGAAUACACGAGAAGAAGUUAUGUAUUACGACAGUCGGCACCCCUGGCGAAGAUCACCCACGUGGUUAUUUGUCCGCGUCGCCAUGCAGCUUCUUUUCUCUCGAAUGACAACCCAACAGCGCUUUUCCGGAAAUCUUUACAAGCCUUUUAUUGUGUUCCUCAUGAGCCACGUUCUAAAGCUAUCUCACCAGCAUCGCCUCCGCUUCGACUUUUGGUACGCAAUGAAUGCAAAACUUGGCAGGCGUUUGCUUAAACUCGACCCAGACGUCGAAGUACCUGGUCUUGAUUUUGUGCGAAAUGCUAUGCGCCAAUCCAACCAGGUCCUUAAUUCAAAAUGGUCGAGUAUCAUGGAAGGAAAUAGAUCACGCAUUGACUUGUCUGGUCUCGCAAACCUAGAUUUCAGACGCGAUAUCUUUAACUCUCUCCCCUCCUUUGACGAAUACAUCAAGUCGCUAUCCCAGCGGAAAGACAGAAGCAACUCCGUUGACUUUGAACCGCAGUCUGACUCCUUGACUUAUCAAGCAGAAGAGCUUCCGACCUGCAUAAAUUUUUCGAAGACUGAGUACAAGUCCUACAACUUGAAGGCGUUCGAGGAUUGGGUAACCUCAAAUUUGAGUCGGUGGUUAGAAUCCCAUCAAGCGGACCCUGCCACCUGCAGCAAAUUGGGCUACUUGAUUCAAAGUUACCACCGCACUGCAUCUAUUUCUUACUCUGGCAACCCUGAGACACUUUCCCUGAUGCUACUCACUAUCCUUGAGCUUUGGAUUGCCUGCGAUAAGUCUGCUGUUCACAUAUGCCUGCUCCUAAGGGACUACGACCCUGAAAUUCCAGGACAACUGCUCCAAUCCCUAAUCCUACCAUUGAGGUCGCAGAUGGAAAGACUGCUCCGCGCUGAGGAUUAUCUUGACCGCCGUCGAGCUAAUGUCAGGUCCUCGUCCCCGAGUAUUUUUCGGGAAUUUGGUAGUCAACACUCAUUUUCCGUACGAUACUUCGAUCAGUCCCUCGAGCAUCAAAAUUUGAUUGAAGAGAUCAGAAAACGUGCAACUCAGGCGAAAGAAGAAAAACAGAGUGAAUUUCACCAAAAGAGAGAGCGUUACAAGAAUCUUAUGGAACUCUACCAUGAGAGUGAAUGCGACUUUAGUGAAGGCGUAAUUAACUUCGCCACUGGCGCUCGCGGCCCUCGUCAUCAUGGGAAUUGUACGAGGUGUGGCCACAAGUCCCAAGCCGCCUCCCUGAAUAUCCUGAUACACGAAUGGCCACUACCGAAAAAUGAGAUCGAAGCACGCUCCACGGUUUUCGAGCUCAAAGUACCCCUGUCAUUUCGUUGUUGGCGCGACACAACCGUGUUCAUCCUGCUCGAUGUCUUUAAGACCGAGUUUUUGUCUGAAAAAAAGCCAAGGAAAACGUAUCCUCUCCAAAAUUACAAUGGACUAUCGUCUUAUUUCACAAGAUUCAGCUCAACGCAACGCAUUGGUCUUUUGUCCGAAGACAAACCCCACGAGGUUACGCAUCGUCGGAACAAAUCUAUUGCCGCCACCAGCGAUAUCAACGAUGUGUGUCUCGACAACGGUCUUCACUAUAAAUACUACGAUGCUUCGACUAAAUGCUUUGUUGAUAUGUUUCGUAUCACGGAUAAAGUGCCGAUUUUCUGUACCUACAGGAUGCCAGCGGAGUCAUCAUCUCUCCAGAAAUUUCUAUUCCGCCCUUCUUCAAUACCCAACGGCCCAUCACCAAACACUCUUGUAGCCAGCCAAUCUGAUUGUCCUGAUCAUAUGUCACUUGAAGAAUAUAAAGCACUAAGUGGUACUCCCCUCGGCUAUCGAAUCCAGUGGCAGAAUAUACUUCAACUCUCCGUUACAUCAUCUGUCGAUUUCAAAAAAGUAGAGACAAGCCUUACGAUUCUUCAGUGUAUUCACCAAACUGGACCGCCGAGUAGCGGCGGAGUCCUCAGAGCAGGCCAUGAAAUUUUGGACGACGAUAAUCUUGCCCACGCUAUCUUGAAAGCCCUCCGUGAGGCGCUUCAGAGAGUCAAGGAGAACUGGGAGUCCUCCCAAGCACUCAGCACCUACAUCUCUUUGGCUGCACGACUACUAUCAUUGACCUCAUCAGACCAAAUCAAGGAGGGAUGCUUGCUUUAUCUGGCGAAUGUUCGAGUCGUUGCUUUUGAGUGGGUCAAUAUUCUUAGGGACAAAGCGCAAAUGACGAUGAGUGAUGACCAAAGAACGUAUCUAUGUUCCAGGGCCCUCGAGGUUGCAUUAGUAUGUGUUGAUUCUUUCAACUUUGAUGAACGGUAUUUGGAAGAUCUUCUGGCUAUACCUGAAGAUCUGUCUCUCCUCAUUCAAUGCUCAAUCGUCAUUCAGGAAGGAGAUUAUACGCUGGCACAUACAUCCGAUCCCAUCGUUUCUUUACUGUACCAGCGAUGGAAAGGGCUCACAUAUCGUUGCUACCCCAUUCUUGCGACGAAAAUUGUCAAAAGCAGCAGCUCAUCAUUGGACGUUGCCAUAAUCAAGUCAUGGUCCGCUUAUAAAGCAGGAUCCGGCUGGCGAAGGAUCCCAGAACAAGAUGGACAUUGGCUUAUGACCAGAACAGCACCACAAGAAAACAGCAAUGGCUUAUGGGUCCAUUUCAAUCUUCUGACGGGCGAGCUUCUUGUGAAUGGUCUCCCACUGGCGCGCCUCCCUUUGCGAUACGAACAACAUCCAAUGUAUCGCACCCUUUUCGCAAGCUGUGCUAUGGAGGUUCUGCCUACUUCUGUCCCAGGCUUGGAGUUCUCUGGCAAGAAAGAGUAUGCUGGAUACACACUCCACUUUGGGAUCGGCCAAUCUUCCGAUGAACCCAACUCAUUGGAACACGACCUUCUGGUACAAGCUAUAAAAGGUGAUAAAAAGUACGAACUGGUUCCUUCUCGACAUUUGCAUGGAAAUUUCCCGGUAUUCUUCGUCGAAGAGUUUGUUCAUUGGUAUGAUUGUUAUGAUAACUCGCUUGAGUUCCGCCCUGUCAAAAGCCCUUGGAAUUCAUCACCCAACAAUUGGAGGUUGGCCUGGUCAACAUCUACUUCUGGAUGGCAUAUGGCCAAAGAUAACGUGUCUCUGGUUGGAAUAAAAAGUCAGACUGUAGAAAAGCUGUCCCAUAUACUGAAUCCCCUGGAGGAUCCACUCCGAAUACAUACUUUCUUCCAUCAAGCUUCAUCGUUAUUGGAGAUUGAGCUUCCUAGGCUCCAGUUAGGAUUUUACCUUGAGCGAGGUGGUCUAUCAAUUCAAUCGAGGCAAUUCCGCGGAAUGUCCAUCGACAUGGACCAAUCUCUUGGUACCCUGGUUGGCCUUCGCAGCAGGCUCAUGUUGAAACAUGACAAUGGUGGUAACCGCCUUGUCAUUUUACCAGAGGGAAAUGUGACAUGGCAGGCCGAAGGUGGACAUAUUCACGUCAUGGUUGACAAAGACUCGGCUACCAAAGCCCACGCAUAUCAUGUGGAUGAUAAACUUGGCAGACUAAUAGAUAAUGGGAAUCUGCAGAGCAAGCUAACUCUAUGUUAUCUCCACGCUCUCACCUCGUUCUGCUUGUCAGAUCCCCUUACACGUACAACUGGUACGGAACAGGCACUUUCAAUCCUGAGCUCUGCUGCGGUCAGGUCGUUUGAUCAGCUGGAACAGAAAAACAUUGAAGUACUUCAUCAAAUUGCACAGCUGACCCCAGGGAGAAAGUACUACCCCGCCAAUGAACGUGUCAUGCAAACAGUCAGCUGGGUUCCGAAUCUUGGGUUUCUGGCUCAGCAUGGUGGAUUUUACAAAUCUGUCAAAUCAAUAUUCGACCAAGCAGAUAGGGCAAACAUAUUUUACCCGGACUCGAAGGUCAAGCUGCCACCGCUAGACCAGGUCGAAGUAGACUUAUUACAGCGUGAUUGUAUCCGAUCAUCCACGUUUCGUGUGUCCGGCUUUGGCGCUGAGGAUCAUACGGUCAAUCAUGACAAGGUCUACGGAGCCAGGGAUCAGCAGCAGAGUUCAUCAAGAUACUCCGAAGCUUUUGUGAUGUCAAGCAUGAUAUAUCAUGAACGCACGACUCUGCAAUACCGACCCCCAUCCCAUUUUCGAGAUCAUCUCUGGAAAUAUCUAUCGCAGACUCAAGUGUCUAGCAAGAAAUUAUUUGGCUCAAGGUAUCCGUUGCAAAUCUGCGACAUGAAGUAUGACGCCAGACUACUUGAAAAGGAACAUUCGUCCGACUUUCUCUCGGAGAAAUGGUGCGCUCUUCAUCAAACGUUCAGUCGGGAACGUUUCCGGGUGGAGAAAUUCCACCUCAUGCUAUGGUUUUCCACGCUCGCCUUCGCCAGCAAUGCCGACAUGGAGAUCAUUCAAACACUAGCCUCCUUUUAUACGCUGCCAUAUAUGGCUCAACUUUCGCCGCCACAGGUUGAUUCUUUUCAGAUAUCUCAAGGUCGCGAUGUAAAAAGACACGAAUUGCGCGACUCUAUCAAGUCUGCGUGUCUUCCAUUAUUGCAGUGCCCCGAAGCGCACCUUACUGCUUGGUCUACAGAGACAAAAAACGAAUUGCGGCGACGUAAACAAGAAGCGUUUCAGUGCAAUCAAAGCAAUGCUCUUGACAAGCUGCGUGAUGCACUGGCGAAGCAAUUCCCCUCUGAGGUUCCUGUUGCCCCCGCUGAUGAUACUUCCCCCUCUUUUCGCACGUACGUAGACGUGAGAAAGGCUAUUGAUGGCGCGAAACCAAAAUUCAGGACAUGGUUCGAUAAUCUUCAAUUCUACAAAUAUCUCACUCAAAUCGAGGACGCUCUCCUGAACCCCAUGGUCAAAGCAAUGCAAAUACCAUCAUGCUCAUUUACUCCUCCAAAAUGGAAUUUAGAGAGGAGGCAUCGAUUCAUCUCUAUUGAUGACAUUCUGACUUAUUCGACGGCUCCGAAAUUAGCCUGUGUUACAAAUGAUUUGAGCGACCUACUAUUGACUAGACUUUCUCAUGAUCCCGAAAAGACGACUCCUCGCCUUGCAGCAUUGAUCAAGCGCCUCGAGGCUCAGGCCGGCUCCAAUUACGAAGAAGACUAUGUGAAGGACUUGCGAGAGAGCCUUGCUUGUUUGCAGCACGAGCACGGGAAAGAAUAUGCUCUUCAAGGGACGGAAACUGAGAUCAAGAUGAUCCUCUCUGGCUAUCUGGUGCACUGCCAAAACCACGUCAAGGUGAUCUACACAAAUAUCACCUCCAACUUGAACUGUCCUGUUCGCGUGGACUCAACUUUGUUGCAGUUGAGUAAGUUUUCGGCCCAAGCUGCUAGCGUUAUGCAAUGGCCAAGAUUAUCCCCAAUAUUCCUCCUUCAACAACUCACACGCUGUCGAUGGCAAAAGAUUACAGGCGAAUGGAAACGCUGCAUUGUUGAGUAUGGGCUCUCUCUCACCGAGCUCCAACGAGCGGAACGGCUCGUGAGCUCUUCUGAUAACCAUGCGGAUCUCAUCAAGGAAUUGCAGAAUUCAGGUCAUCAGAGCUGGAGUCCAUUGGACUAUCCUGAAUCUCUGCUCUUGGAGGUCGAGAGUGGUAUCAUGAUCCGGGAGGUCCAGGUGCGCAUAGCCGAACAGAUGAGAAGUCCCCCAUCUGGCUCAAAUUUCGUCAUGCAGUUAAACAUGGGUGAGGGCAAGUCAUCUGUUGUUGUCCCUAACGUGGCCGCCUCUCUCGCUGAUGGCUCUCGGUUGGUGCGUGUCAUUGUGGCCAAGCCCCAAUCCAAGCAGAUGUUACAAAUGAUGGUAUCUAAGCUCGGGGGCCUGCUAGACCGGCGUGUAUAUCACAUGCCAUUCUCUCGCUCCUUGCGCCUUGGGGAAGCAGAAGCAAAUGCGAUUGGCGACAUAUAUAAGGAAUGCAUGACAAACGGCGGCGUUCUCCUUUUACAGCCCGAGCAUAUAUUGUCAUUCAAAUUGAUGGGUCUCGAGUGCCUCAUCUCAGGUCAAGAAACAGUUGGAAAUUCCCUACUGAGCACUCAGCACUUCUUUGACUCUUCCAGUCGCGAUAUCGUAGACGAGAGUGACGAGAAUUUCAGUGUGAAGUUCGAACUGAUCUAUACUAUGGGCAUGCAGCGACCAAUUGAACUCUGCCCCGAGCGGUGGACUCAUGUUCAGCAAGUGCUAAAUCUAGUCAAGAUAUUUGCGCCAAGUGUCAAGAAAAAGCUUCCUCUUUCCAUUGAGGUCGAUGAGCACACUCGAGGAAAUUUCCCCAAGACUCGAGUCCUCCGGCCUGAUGCCGGAAAGCAGUUAUUUGAUCACGUUGCAAAACACAUCUGCGAGACUGGGCUCGACGGUUUCCCAAUUGCUAGACAACCAGAAAAGAUCCGAAACGAUGUUUUUAGGUACAUCACCGAACCUAUACUCACAUCAGAUGAGAUCGAAUGCGUUGAAAAAGGAGAAUUCUGGACAGACACGACAAGCAGCAUUCUGCUCCUCAUACGAGGUCUCAUCGCUGGAGGAGUAUUAGCCUUCACAUUCAGCCAAAAACGUUGGAAAGUUAAUUACGGACUUGACGCGACUAGGAUUCCUAAAACAAGGCUCACGGUGCCCUAUCGAGCCAAGGACAACCCCACCCCGCGAUCAGAAUUCAGUCAUCCCGACGUGGUCAUUGUCCUAACUUCGCUGUGCUAUUACUAUGGCGGAAUGACCAAUGAUGACCUGUUCCUGGCUCUUGCGCACCUUCUUAAGUGCGAUCAAGCCGACAUCGAGUAUCAGGAAUGGGUCAAAGAUGCCCCAGAUCUUGCGCUUGCUUUCCAUAAUCUGGCUGGCGUCAAUCCCAAGGAUAGACAACAAUGCAUUAAUCAAGUCUUCCCUCACUUUCGUUACGCCAAGGGCGCUGUGGACUACUUUUUGGCCCAUGUCGUCUUCCCGAAAGAAAUGAAAGAGUUUCCGGAGAAGCUAUCCGCCUCCGGGUGGGACAUUGGUCAGAUCAAAGCCCACCCCACAACCGGCUUCAGUGGUACAAAUGACUCGAGAAAGGUUCUCCCACUUAGUGUAAAACACCUUGAUCUUCCGGAGCAAAAAGACACCAAUGCCUUGGUCCUUGAAUACCUCCUCCAAAGCGAGAAUUCCGUUGCGCUUAUACCAUCAGGAAGUGAAACUUUGCGCUCAGAUGCAGAAGUCUUACUAGCUAUGGUGACGAAGAUGAAACCAGCAGUACAAGUUAUCCUUGAUGUAGGGGCCCAAAUCCUUGAGCUUGGGAAUCUGGGGUUCGCAAGGGAGUGGCUAAGGAUGUCUGAUCUGGAGCGAGCACAGGCUGUAGUCUUUUUUGGCGACAAUGAUGAGCUUUCUAUUCUCGAUAGGAAGGGAAACAUUGAGCCCUUUCAAACGUCUUCAUUUGCAAAGCAACUCGACGUUUGUGUCAUAUUCCUGGACGAAGCUCACACGAGAGGGACUGACUUGAUAUUACCGCCGGACUACCGGGCAGCCGUCACUCUGGGACCAAAUUUAACCAAGGAUAGACUAGUGCAGGCAUGCAUGAGGAUGAGAAAACUUGGCAAGGGACAGUCGGUCGUCUUUUGUGUUCCGGAAGAAAUAAAGACCAAGAUUCUAGAACGAACAUCCAAGCCUGACGAUGCGGAUAUUGAAUUGCCAGAUGUUCUCAUAUGGGCUAUUUCAGAGACCUGCGUUGACAUCCGACGGAGCAUGCCCCUGUGGGCGGCACAAGGCCGUCGCUUUGAACAACAGCGUGAGAUCUGGGCUGAGGCUAGAACUGACAAUGGCAUAACGCUGUCAAAGGCUCAAGCCGAAAAGUUUCUCGAGGAUGAAUCCCGAACCCUAGAUGCUCGAUAUCGACCACGUUCCGGGACUAAUACAGUUUUCUCUGAGCAAGAAAGCGAAAACGCUAAUCUCAACCUGAUCAUGGAGCGUUGUCGUGAGUUCAAGGACCUGGAUCUCAAUUCCGCCACUCUGCAGGAAGAGCAAGAGCGCGAGCUUUCCCCCGAGAUUGAACAGGAGCGACAAAUCGAGAAGCCAGCACCUGCUCAACCCGCAGAAUACCAUAUCCACCCCGAUUUGAUCAAAUUCAUAUCUACAGGUAUCCCUAUUAGGGGCUCCACAGGAUACAGCCCAGCUUUCGAAACUCUACGCAAUACCAGCGCAGGCAAAUAUAUCGACGUCUCUCAGUUUCCCAAGGAUCUCCUAGUAACUUCCGACUUCGCCAACACCAUACUAACCCGCGGUACUUCAUAUAUCUCAGACUCAUACCAGCGGUCGGUACAGUGGGUGCUCACAAGCACUGGUGGCAAAGAUACUGUGCAGCAUAUGAUGGUUAUCAGCCCACACGAAGCACAGGAGCUACUACCGCGCAUCAAAGCAUCAAAGACCACAACGCUGCACCUCUACGGACCGCGUCAGAACCUAGGUUUCCGCUCGUUAGACGCCUUGGAUUUAUACAACGUCCCCGCGCGGCCAGGAACGCUGCAUCUGAAUCUUCCGCGCCAUCUCAUCAUACAAUUGAGCCUAUUCGCAGGACAGCUGUACCUUGCCUCGUAUGAUGAAUAUAAGGAAGUGUGCAACUUCCUAGGACUGGCGUGGACUAAUGAUUGUCCUACAUUUCCUGAUGGUUUUAUCGUGCGGAAUCGUGGGGACUUGAAAUCGGCGGCUGGGUGUACAUUUAGCGAUAGUCCGGUGAUGUUCAUGAAGGUGCUGACGACGAAGAUCCGGAGGCAUUGUGAGGGGGUGGAUAAGACGCAUAUGGGGAAGAUAUUGGAUAGUAUAGUGCUACAGUCGUCUGACUUUGAGGGGGAGCAUGGAGUAUGA